UUUUUUUCUUUUGUAUAUACCACUCUUUUCUACAUAUCUCGUUACCUACUCCUUUCCUUUUUCUUUUUUUUUUUUUUUACAAUAUAUCAUGUCCAAUUUGUACAUACUACUUGUUCGGGUAUUUCUAUUUUUUCUUUUUAUCGGAACUGUUAUCUGCUCAGACAAUAUAUCACUACCUUCUCAACUCGAUCACAACAUUCACAAUCAAGAUAUAUCAGAACGACUUGAUCAGAUUCAUGUUCCUUUAUAUGUAGCAACUCUACAUGAUACCAACAAUAAAAAGCGACCUACUGCACUAGAUUAUUCUGUUGUUUCAGUCACCAGUACUACCUCUUAUAAUUUUUGCAAAAGAAUCGGAGGAGACCGAGGAGUGGCAACUUGUUCUUUUCUCAAUCGACCAUGGCGACUUUGGCUACGACAAAUUUACCAUUCGGCUCAUGAUGAUCUUGUACGUUACCUUAUCUCAAUGCACAACUGGUCUAUGCGGGAACUUGGCUAUCGAUUCUAUGAUACAGUACAACGAGUACAAUGGAUAUUACAAGAUUGGCGACAGGCUCCUGCUUUGGAAUGGCAUCUUGCCAAAUUACGAUUAGUGGUACUCUGGAAACACUAUUUCUCUGGUUAUCUCUCUUGGCAACAAGGUUAUGAUGGUUCAAACAACGACAUUAUCAACUUGGAAGGCAAUGUACCGGAUAAUAAUGGAUGUUAUCACGAUGUAUUAGGCACAACUUUAUGCAUGGAUCAGCAACGACUAUUGGACGAAAAUGGUUUGAAACAAAGGGUGGAUGCAUUAUUCGAAGAAAUGACCUAUGAAGAACGAUCACACACACUUCGAUUCCAACAACGUUUCAUUCAAUGGGCAACAAAAGCAUCAACAAUGACCACUCAAGCAAUUAGUCAUUCUCAUUCACUAUGGUUGGAUCAUAUACAAACGACUUAUCAAUUUUUAGAUGGUGCUCUUUCCCUUUCAUCCCAUAACAACAACAAUAAUAACAAUAACGCUUUAUCCUGUCCGCAUGUGAUUUUUCCUUUCUCAAUCUCUCCUUUUGGUACUUCUUUGGAAUCAUCUCUUUUCUCCUCCUCUUCUUCUUCUACUUCUUCAUCUCAAACGGUCAACCCAUUUACUUCUCAGCGCUUAUCACAUUCUCGCCCAUCAUACUCGGUUAUUCGGCUUUUACCUAUGAAACAACAAGAGACAAAAUGCAAUUAUGGUUACGAAGAUGACUUCACAGAUAACAACAACUGUGACAACAAGAAAAAUGAUCUGAUAUCUCAACCUUUGGAACAAUAUAAUAAUGAUCAAUAUCAGUAUUUGCUGGAUCGUCUACAAAAGGAUAUGAUGAAUCAAUUGGAUCGACUGGAAAAGAUGAUUCUCCAAGAAUAUUAUAAAACUAUGAUCACGGCUUCUAAAAAAAUUCAAUCACUUCAACAAAAACAACAAGGACGCGAACAUCAAUACCAUCACUACCAUUAUCACCAACAACAACCAAAUUAUUUGGCGCAACAAAUGUAUCAGGAACUUCGAUUAUAUGUCUCUAUAUCACUAAGGCAACUUUAUCAACAAUCGAUCGAAAAAUUAUUGGAUGCAACCACAUAUUAUGACUCUGUAGCAAUGGAUCAAGUGAAACGUGCGUACGAGGAAUGGGAGUGGGUGAAACAACAACAGUCUCGAAAAUUACAGUAUUCACCGCAUGACACUCAUCCUUUUCUUCAUUCUUCAUCAUCUUAUAUCAAUGGGGAUGGAUCACAACAAGAUGGUGAUAUCGAUUAUGAUGCUCAUUAUCAACAAUGGUGGAAAAACAAGAAUUCCUGGCAUAUCCAUCAAUUAGUUUCUUCGAUAACAAAACAGUUUGGAUAUACAUUUGGUGAUGACAACAAUAAUGAUCUUUUAUCGGCGGUCACCUCACCUCGUGACUCAUUCUUGGAUACUACCACGGCGAAUAGGGCUAUCAUGUUUAUUGGACAACGAGCGGAUUAUGCCAUUCAACAUCAUCGACAAACCGUACUACACGAAUGGAAAACCAUUUUUCAGGAGCUAGAUCGUGAAUCACGUUCUGUUUGGGUGUCUGCUAUGGAUCAAGUGCAAGGAAGACAUAGGUUAUUGGCAAGUUGUGAUGCGACUUGUACUUUUUAUAUCAUAUUGGCCAAAUUUUUAUUCUUACUUUUAUUCCUCUUUAUAGCCUAGCUGUGUUACCUUCUUACAAUCAUUCCCCCCCUUAUUACUCAUUGUCCUUUCUUUCAUUUUUAUAUCAUAUUGGUCAAAUUUUUAUUCUUACUUUUAUUCCUCUUUAUAUCCUAGUUGUGUUACCUUCUUAUAAUCAUUCCCUCCUUAUUACUCAUUUUCCUUUCUUUCAUUUUUAUAUUCCUCUAAUAAAGAAAUUGGUACUAUCUCAC